GGCUUGCUUUCAUUCUCGGAUGAGUGUUCUUACUGAGGGUCAAUGGUGUCUGAGACCAGAGAGCUAAUCCCACACCCAGAAUCAAGCUUAGGAAAACCCCACCGAACCGAAAUGACGCUAACACCACACUUGACGCAAAAAUUACAUAAAAUCCAACGCGUCCUGCCAACGCAAUGUAAGGGCAUUCUCGUCCAUCUAAAGUCACAAUCUUAGCUUCGGAUACGCGAACCGAGCUGCUUCAACGACGGCGAUGGCGGACAGCGAAGUCCUGCGACAGCUGGAGGAGUCCACCGGCGACGCCCGCCGUCUUCAGCUCGAGACCCUCCGCUCGAUCCUUGAGGCCAACGCCGGCAGCGCCUAUCUCCGCCGCCACCUCUCGGGCUACCUCCCGGACGCUCUCGACGCCACCACCUUCCGCCGCCUCGUCCCCCUCUCCUCCUACGACGACUACGCCGAUUUCAUCGCCCGCAUCGCCGACGGCGUCGAUCCCCCCACCUCCCUGUCCUUCGAUCCCCUCCUCUGCUUCUUCUACAGUUCGGGAACCAGCAAUUUGAGGCCAAAGUUGAUACCUUUCUUCGAUUCCAGCCACGCCAAAUCCGCCUCCAAUCUAGCCCACCAAGCCAGUUCCACCCUUCUCCGAAGAUUAUUCCCUCCAAGACAGACAGUAAAUAAGAUUCUAUGGUUCUUGUAUGCCGGAAAUGUCACCGAGACCAAAGGUGGAUUCAAGGUAAUGGCAGCCUCGGCUUACCCUUUUCACCGCAAGGGCCCGAACCCUCUGCUGUCGAUGAUUGCCAGUCCUCCAGAAGUCGUUCUUGGGUCCGACAAUCAUCAGCAAAUGUACUGCCACCUUCUCUGCGGCUUCAGCAAUUCGGCAUCCAUAGAUGGCAUUCGAGCACCAUAUGCGGCAGGUUUGGUGAGAGCAAUUCGUCUUCUGGAGUCUAAAUGGAAGCAGCUCUGCAAUGACAUAGAAUCUGGAUUGGUUAACCCGGAGAUCACAGAUGCUGCUAUGCGAGAUGCGGUGCAGGAGUUGCUCGGUGGGCCGCAGCCGGAGAUGGCGAAGAGGAUUCGAGAAGCUUGUGGGAAGUCGAAUUGGGGUGGAAUUCUUGGUGAAUUGUGGCCGGAAGUGCGGUAUGUUGCUUGUGUUACCACAGGGAGCAUGGAGCAAUACUAUCCAAUACUGAAGCACUAUGCUGGUGAUCUGCCAUUGUUGUGUGGGGAUUACUUCACUUCUGAGUGUCCUGUAGGUAUUAACAUGGAUAGGAUGCGAUCGCCGGAGGAGACAAGCUUUGUGAUUCUCCCGAAUGCAGCUUACUUUGAGUUCAUUCCUUUCGAAAUGGGAGAUUCUUCGGAGGCAAAAGAGACUGUGGAUAUCUGUGGGGUGGAGGUUGGGAAGAUGUAUGAAGUGGUGGCAACUACUUACAGGGGGUUGUACCGGUACCGCUUGGGUGAUGUUGUUAAGGUGGUUGGAUUUUAUAAUUCAUCUCCUCAAGUUCAGUUCAUUACAAGAGCCCCAAAGGAGGCUUCAGAAAUCUUUACUGAAAGAGAAUUAGUGUCUGCAAUGGAAAACUUUCAGCUUAUGCUUAGGGAAGGGCACAGAGGGGAAGUUGUAGAGUUUGCUGGAUUUUUGGAUUCUGGUUCAGGUCUAAAACAUGUCAUCAUUUUUGUGGAAGUAAGCAUAGAUUGCAUGUUUCUGCAAAGGGAGAAUAUGGAGGAGUCCAUUGCUUAUCUGAGAAGGUGCUGCUCAUCCAUUGAAGGUUGUUUAGGGAAUGUCUAUAGGGUGAAGAGAUCUGAUGGAGAUCUUGGUCCUCUGCAGAUAUCUAUAGUAAAGCCUGGUAGUUUUGAUGGUCUGGCAAAAUUGGCCAUGGAGAAUGGAGCACCAGCCAACCAAUAUAAGCCUCCAAAGGUCAUUCGGAACCUUGGCCUUGUUGAUUUAUUGAAAGCAUCUGUUGUGGUAAGAGCAAGUCUGGAAGGUAAUUGAAUGUAAAAUUCUAAUGUACCACUGAUAAUAAGAAGGAAUUCUUAUACCUCUUUACUUUGAGUGAGAAACCUCCCCUCUGUGGCUGUAUUCUUCUUCUCGAAAUGCAUCAUUGCUUAUAAUAUUUCUUGUUUUUGUUGA